AGAGGAAGUUGGGGAGAGGAGAGGGGCGGGGCUGAGUGGAGGAGCGAGGGCUGGUGGGCUGCGUCUCUAGUCGCUCCUUCCUCCCUUCCUUCAGCCGGGUCUCUUCGCCUCCCCUUCCCUCUGCCGCCACCAUGCCGCUCUUCGCCCCCAACCCCUUCGAGCAGGAUGUGGAAAAGGCGACAAAUGAGUACAACACUGCUGAAGACUGGGGAGUUAUUAUGGAUAUAUGUGACAAAGUUGGAAGCACUCCUAAUGGCGCAAAAGACUGCCUGAAAGCCAUUUUGAAAAGAGUAAAUCACAAAGUACCCCAUGUGGCACUGCAGGCCCUAACUCUAUUGGGAGCCUGUGUUUCAAACUGUGGAAAAAUUUUCCACUUAGAAAUCUGCUCACGUGACUUUGCCAGUGAAGUGCGUGUUAUAAUAAACAAGGCUCAUCCUAAAGUAUGUGAAAAAUUAAAAGCUUUAAUGGUGGAAUGGUCUGAAGAAUUUCAGAAAGAUGCACAGUUUAGCCUGAUAUCAGCAACUAUUAAAUCUCUAAAGGAAGAAGGGGUUACGUUUCCCACUGCUGGGACACAGAGUCCUUCAGCUGCUGCCAAGAAUGGUGCAUCAUCAAGCAAGAACAAAGAGGAUGAAGAUAUAGCUAAAGCUAUUGAAUUAUCUUUGCAAGAACAAAAACAGCAGCAAACAGAAACAAAAUCUUUAUACCCACCUGUAGAAGUUCAGCAGAACAAUCAAAAAAUCUCUAGAAAGGUGCGGGCCUUGUACGACUUUGAAGCUGUCGAGGACAAUGAACUCACUUUCAAGACUGGCGAUAUUAUUGUUGUUUUGGAUGACAGUGAUGCCAAUUGGUGGAAAGGAGAAAAUCACAGAGGAAUAGGAUUAUUCCCAUCUAAUUUUGUGACCCAUAACUUAAAUGAGGAGCCUGAGUCAGCAACUGUGGAGAAGAAUGUGUCUUCUGAAGAAAGUGCAGAGGAAACUGCAAAAGCGGAGCCUGAACCAGUUUACAUAGAUGAGAAUAAGAUGGAUAGAACAUUGCAGUUACUCCAGAGCAUAGAUCCAACAGACCCUAAACCCGAUUCUCCUGAUCUUCUGGACUUGGAAGGUGUCUGUCAACAGAUGGGUCCCAUGAUAGAUGAAAAGCUAGAAGAAAUUGAUAGGAAACAUUCUGAGUUGUCUGAACUGAAUGUUAAAGUGAUGGAAGCUCUGGAACUCUACAACAAACUAGUGAAUGAAGCUCCUAUGUAUGCUACAUACUCAAAGAUCCAUUCGUCAGCUCAUUACCCACCUUCAUCAACUGGUGUUCCAGUACAGCAGCCGUAUCCCUUGCAUCCUCACAGUGGGAACUACGGGGUCCAUGGAGUCCCUCAAGGGUAUAAUCCCGGAAAUGAUCAGAUUGGUCCACUGAGGUCCUUGCCUCCAAAUGUAAAUUCUUCAGGAACAGCUCAGACAGCAUAUUUAAGCACCGGUCUAGAUUCUGUUUCCAAUCCUGCUUACGCGAACCAGAAUUCCUGCCUCCCACCAGCUGGUCCCAUUCCUUACUCCCAACACAUGACCAUGCCAAUGGAUAUGCUGGCCUACCAGAACACUGUAACCAGUUUGCCCCAAGGAGUAUGCUACCCAACAGUUCCUGCUCACUCGCUUCCUCAGCAGCAAACAAAUUACCACCAGCAGCCUCUUCUCUAAAGACGGAGCCCUCCCUCCUGAAAGCAGUCUUGGAUGUUGCUGACUGUUGUAAUUUAAAUAUUCCCUCCAUUGAUAUGAAAAGUUGCUUCUACUCAAGGGCAAAAAGGCAACUACACAAAUAUCAAUGUUAAAGUUAAUACAAAUUCAGAUCUUUUUCUGCAUAGCUGUUAAAAUAAGAUGAGCUGCUGAUGUGUUCAGAACAGACAGCCUUCAGACCCUGGUUCUUGUAGCGCUCUGUCUAAUAUCCUGCCUAUUUACGGAACAUUUCCUUGUAAUAAGUUUCAUACGAUAAAGCUUUGAAAGCAAGUUCAUUUAUGCAUCUCCUCCUGUUUCUUCUUUCCAGGCUUUAUAAGGCCACUAUUUUUAUGAAACCGUAUAAAUUUGAAGUGCUAUCUCAAACACCAAUUUAUUUAGCUAAUUUGCUUUUCAGUUUGCUUCCCUCCUAGCGCAUCUUAACAGAUUGCAUUUUAUGAUGGUUCAGUAAAUUAGCAAUAGUGAACUUGGGAGGAAAAAAAAACUUUGAAUGACAGAAGUUGUUAAUGGCCUUCAUAAUUUCUCCCAGACUGAAUUUCUCAUUUGUACUUCUCUGAAACUAGUGCCAUUUAUUGUGGUGGAGUAGUUCUUAUUCCUUGUCUGAGGAGAGUCUAAAUAGUGUGAUAUUGAAUGCAACUUGAUUUCCAAGCCUAAAUUGUUCUGGUGAAAUGAUAUCCAUUGUGUUGCCUCUGUGUUUUUUUCCACUGACAUCGCUUAAUACUUAACAAAUAUGAAAGAGAAGCCUUUAGCAUUGGAAAGACAUGCUUAUGCCAUAAUUUUAUUUACAGAGGUGGGGGUAUUUUUGCCUUAAUUGUAAACAUGCCAUGACAAUAUACUAUUGUCAUUAUAAUCCUAAAGCAGUGGUUCUCAACCUGUGGGUCCCCAGGUGUUUUGGCCUACAGCUCCCAGAAAUCCCAGCCAGAUUCACAGCCGUUAGGAUUUCUGGGAGUUGAAGGCCAAAACAUCUGGGGACCCACAGGUUGAGAACCACUGGCUUAAAGGGUCAGAAAAAGUAACCUGGCCUGAUUUUUUAGAAGGAAAGAGAGCCCCACCCCCGCCCCCGCUCCCCAUUCCUUUGGAAGUCCUUCAUUGUCCAUGUAUGUAGCUAGCUAUUUAACAAAAUUAUCUUAACAGGAGAACUUUAUAGGUCUAACUUACAUGCUGCCAUUGAGGGUAUUUGGUGGAGGGGAUGAACAGUGAUUUAGAAGAGCAAAGCGGGUGGUUAAAGGCAUGUGAAUAGGAAGGCAUUUGUACAUUAGUCUCAAGGUUCUUCUGCAGUUUUGUUGUCUAUUAUAGAAAUGUAUAUUUCUUUGUAGUGAAGUUGACAUUCCAGAUCAAACCUGCCUGUCAUCAAGUGACUUUCUGUUCUUAUUACUGGUGCUAACUAGGUUGUUCAGAAGCAUCAUAGUAGUGAUGUAUAGUUUCACGGUGGACCAAUGUGUGUUUGGCAAUGGGAAGGGAGGUGUCCUCAGAAAAAAAUAAUCACUUGUUGGCGAUCGUUCCUUUGUACUUAUUCUUCAUGGGGAUUUUUAAAUUAUUUGUUAGAGAUCUAAAAUGGCAACAUGGGACAUGUGUGUGUGUGUGUGUGUGUGUGUAUGUAUCUCCUUUCAAAACAGAGUUAAUUUAAGAAGGUGCUCUUUAGAAUCCCUAUCUGGAGCAAAAUCAGUUUUUCUCUCUCAGCUCAAACAUUUUAUAAGUGAAAUGAAAUCUGAGCAGUUUAGCUCCUUCAUAUUUGUCAAUACAUAAGGCAAUUGAAAUUUUUAUUGAUUCACAUUCUUUGAUACUACAUUAUGUGAUGCCCAAUAUCUGACUGUGGUGUUGAGUUGAAGUGAUUGUUUUCAUUGUAUUUUGGUCUUUAUAUAAUAUAUAUAUAAAUAUAAAUAAUGUCUGUAUAUAUCUGCUUGUUUGGGAUUUUAUACACAACUACAUAUUUACUCAUUCUCUUCAAAAAGAAUCAAUGAUUUUUAAUGAGGCUGCUUUUGGCUUUAUUGCUAGUUGCUGUAAUCUUAACAAGGCAUUUAAGCAGGUUGUAAAUAUGUACAAAUUCCGAUGUUGAAAGUGUCUAGUGUUUUGGUGUUAAUGGAGAUCAUCUAUUUCUCUUUCUAGAUUAAAAUAUUUAUUGCUAAAGCGUGAUCAUAGUUAAUGCUGCCAAAAGAAGCAGCUACAUAUUUCAGUAGCAAGGUCCCAGGCUCCAUUGGCAUCAUUGAGUGUUAUGCCCUGAAUCUGAAUGGAGUAGAGAAUGUAUUGCAGGCAUAUACCUAUUUUUAUAUUAAAAGUAAACAUGAAAUGCUCUGCUUUUCAUAUAAUUGAGUAAAUAGAAAAUUGUAAUAAGGGUUAUAGUGUGAUUUGUCUCAUGGAUUUGUCUCAUGGAUCUUAAAAUAAGAUACAGUCUAAGUUCAGAAAUCAAAUUGAAUUUCAAAAACCCUAUUUUCUCCCCAGUUUAAAUGUUGUCUGGUGGCAUUACUCAUCCAAACUAGAGCUCUGCCUGAUUCUGCUUUUUUAAAAAAAGAUUCAUGGUUUGAAUUCCCAGAGAGUUGGUAUGUAGCAUGUUGGAAAUCACAAUAUUUCUCCUGAUCACCCCAAAUUUUAAGAUGGCGAGACUGUUAAACAUGCCUUACUGCUUGUGUGUUGACUUGAUUUUCAGUUGUGAAUGUCCCAUGUUGCAGAAGAAUCAGGUGAAAGGUUUCCAGUUAAAAGGUGCCUCUGACAUGUUACUGCUGUGGUUUUCCAGACUACCUUUCUGUUAUCUUUGCAUGGAGUUACUUCCAGUGCUGGCUGUUCAUCAACAGAAUGGGGGCUCCAUUCUUCCCUCUCUACGUGCCCUGGCCAAAUCUUUUCUGGAAAGUCAGGGGAAUCCUCCACAGUACAUCGAUCAGUUCAGGAAGGACCCAAGAGCAGGCCCUAUUAGAUGAGCAGAAGUCUCCUUGCAUAUGUCACAGCGUUGUGUAUAGAUCAUAUUUGUUGCAAUAAGCUUAACUUGUAGAAUAUUUGACUGCUUUCCCCCCCCCUGGUAUAUUCUUACUUGGAGAAACUGGCAGGACACUGAAUGAAACUGUUUUAAUCUUGAGUUAAUUGGUGAAAGGAAAAGGGGAUAUUGCAUAGUACUGGAAUGAGAAUGCCUUAGAAAGAUUUGCUCUUUGUAAGAGGUUCCCAGUGUGUUUGCUUGUCCAAUUCACACUAAGAACUCUUUUCUACAGCAAAAGACUAUUUGGGUGUUUUAUACAAGCAACCUUCACUCUUUAACAAUUUGGAUUUUGAUCGUGUGAAUUAUCCAUCCAGAAUCUUGUCUACAUGUUUGCGCUGACUUAAGGAAAUAAAACUUGUUUAACAAAAA